AUGGUUGCGCCAUGGGGAGAAUCGCCACGGCGUCCCAUUAACCUCCCCUUCGCCAACAAUUGCAGCGCGACGGCUUCCUACGUCUCCGGGCUCCUCCUUGGCAAAACUUCAGAACCCUCCUUCCGAGAUGUCUCCGCAUUCUUCACUGCCAUGUUUCCUACCCGGAACUUGAGCAACGACACAAUCCUCGAAUAUCAUGACUAUGUUUGGGACUCGCGUGUUGACCGUUACGAUUACGGAGACGCGCUCGAGCCCUGCCGUUCGCAAGUAUGCAAGGCGAUAAACUUAAAGGUCGACAACACGGGCAUCGGCAUCGGCACUAUCGUCUCGGUCGGGCUCGAGGCGCUGCUGGUCUUGGGCUACUGCGUGAUGGCUAUUGCGCUCUACACGCGCACCGUUCCCGGGGAGCCCAAGAUCCCACCCGCUUCGCACUUCACCGCCCUCGACAGGAUCAUCUACGCGUUCUACGGAACGACUCGGCACUUCUUCAUCUGCGCCAUCAUUCUAUGUCUCGGAACAUCUAUCGGCCUCAUCACUGACGGGGCAUACAUAAUGAAGCAGAGAGACGAUGACUUUUUCCGACCAUACGGACACCAGUUUCUCGUCGCCUGCAUCGCCUUCUUCUCCCUCGCCGCCACCAUCCCCGCCUACCUCUGGGGCUCCCGCCGCCAAUGGGUCGAUGCGCCCCUCCUCGUCGUGACCUGGAUCCUCUCCGCUGUAGCGAUCGCGUUCAGCGCAGUCGGCCCUCGCAGCUAUAACGACUCCUUCGAUCGUGUUUGCCCCGACGAUUUCUUCCCCCUCUCUGGAACACUCCCCGCCGCUCAUGGCGUCGGCGCUUGGUGCCCCGUGCUGUUCGCCCUGUGCAUCGGUUGCGUUUUGCCCUUCUUUAGGUGCGGUGGGCGGAAGAUGUGGGCGAAUCGGGUGAUUAGGCGGGCGAUGAGGACGUUGAUUGUGAUUUAUGCGGUGUUGGGAUUCAUUGGUGCCUUCGCGUACCUUAUUCUCCUUUACGUUUUCAUCGGGAAGACGACGUGGAUCGGGGACAGUAAAUGGGAUAUGGGCCAGGGGUUGGCUCUGGCCUUGUGGGUUCCUUUGCUAUAUGAGUUGGUCCACCUCAUGAGUGUUGGCAUCGACAAGGGCCUAACUGCCAGUCUCCCCCGAGAAUUCGACGCCGUCCGCGAAGACGAUCUCGACGACGAUGCGGAGCCCGUCUUCAUCCCGGGCAUGGCACCCGGUCCACGCGGCGACACCCGAUACGAACAACCUCCAGCGCCGGGCGGCGCAUUCGGCCAGAGUGUGGGACUCGUCCCGCAGAUGCCCCCGGCGGUGGUUGUGCCGGAAAAGGGGAGCAUUGCGGCCCAAUUGAGGGAAGCAUCGACUUCACAGCUUACGUAUAGGUUUGCGUAG